CAAAGCUUACCAGGAAGAGCGAUAAAGCCGUGGAUAGCGACAGGGUGUUCAAGUUCAUUUUUGACAAAGAAUGUCAUGUGAUAUCGGCGGUGGUUCAAGCUUCAAUGCGAGACACUUCAUACAAAGUUCAGAUAUUUCUGGAAAAUGAAGAUGAUGAUACAGGAACAAUUAUAUUACCAACAUGUGAAUGCCUUUUGGGUCAGUUUCGCUGCCACCAUGUAGCUGCUGCACUUCUGUUUGGGUAACCAUUACUAAUCUAUUAUCAUACAAAUCUAUGCAUUGGAUUUUGUCGAAAGGGUCUGAAUGUGAGGCAAUGCCAACAUUACUUAUUGAGGACCAGCUUACAAGUGAAGAGUACAUGAAUGCCCAGUGCAAGUCUUCAUAUCUGAGGGAUAAGCUUGUUAUUUUUUCGGAAAAUGUCUUUAAGACCGCAUGGUUGACUACAGGUCAACGAGAGAAUUCGUUAUGGGCAGCUGUUCGCAAGUUACGAAUAACUGCAUCAAAGUUUGGGCGAGUUAUCGGUGCUAUCAGGAGAAAUCGGCUAACUUUAUCCUUGAAGAAAAGGUUACUCAGUGCUUACAAUCUUGAGAAGAGGCCCUCUAUUCAGUGGGGACUUACGCAUGAAAAGGUUGCAAUAGAUAGCUAUUGUAAGCUUUCAGAGGUGUCUGUAUUACAGACAGGUAUUUGGCUCCAUGAAUCAGGAGUUCUUGGGGCUUUUCCUGAUGGAUUUGUCCAGGGUGAUCCCAAAACGUGUAAUAUGAAUGUCCACCUUCAAAGUAAACUUACAGCAUCACCAGCAAUUUUAGAGAGUGUGACUCUGAGGGCACUUUGCGUCUCAAAGAGAGGCAUGACUAUUGGCAUCAAGUUCAAGGCCAACUUUAACAGGAACUUCAUGUUGUGAUUUCGUGGUUUGGACACCAGUCAGUAUGGAAGUUAUUCGCAUUCUUAGAGAUGACUUAUGAGAAUGCCACUUGAAAAACAUGAUUGAAUUUUUUUUCAAUGUUUUUUAACCCUCUCUUAAUUUAAAACUUAGCAGACUGUUAUUCAGAAAUUUUCUAUUUACUGUUUAUUUUCCUAUUGGUACAUUAAAUUACUCUAGA